UUUCACCCUGCAUUUUCGUGUUGUGCCUUGACUCGUUCGGUCGCAUUACCUAGUUUUGCCCCCGUACGUUUCAUUUCCACACAGUUUUGUCCUUUUUUUUUCUCUUCUUUCUUUUUUUUUCUUUUUUUUUCUACGUCAUUCGUUCGAACAUUCCGUCGCGACCGUCAAUCGUCGUCGACACCGCAGCUGCUCCGCUGGAAUCCGCGACCCUAACCUUCCAUCCACGUUAUCUUUGUAGCUCCACCCGCCGCCGCAGCAACUUGUCAACGACGCACCGCAGGCCUUCAGAAUGACAGGUCGAGGUUUUUUAAAAAGCCGUUUGGCUCAAAUUGCCAAAAAUUCCGAAGAAGUACCAAAACCAGAAAUACCACCACAAAUACCGGAAGAACGAUCAAAUUUAGAGGAAUCAUCAAAAUCACCUGAUAGUUGUGUUUCAAAAGUGUCUGCUCCAAUAACAAAUAUUCCAACCCUGUUCAGUGGACCACCUCAAGUUCGAGGAAGACGGGCAUUAUUUGCUCGUUUAUCAAAACCAGAUUGCUCAAGCUCAAGCGAAAAUAUUGCAUCAACGUUUUCAAAUUUGAAUUUAAAGAAUUUAGAAGACCCUAGAAGUCCAGUGCAUACAUUAGUCACACCAGUAUGUAGUAAUCCCGAGAUACCUAAAUUACCUGAACAGCAACAAGAUGUAUGCAUUGAUUCACCAAUAGAAGAAAAAUCUCCAGUUGUGUGUAGAGUCUUGAAGAAGUCUGAUAAAGAUUCUUACCACAUGAAUCAAUUAUCAUCCAAUUACAUUAAAAUAAAUUUGGAAGAAAACAAAGGUAUUUACGAGUAUAGAGUUGAUUUUAAUCCUCCAGUUGAUGUUAAAUCCGCAAGGUUUUUUUUGUUAAAUCAACACAGAGAAAUGUAUCCAGUUAAAACAUUUGAUGGGACAUUGCUUUACGUUCCAACAAAGUUGCCACAAGAUGUAACACAUUUGGUGGGAAAAUUAAGAGAUGAAUCUGAUGUGACAAUAACAAUAAUGUUUAAACGCAAAAAUUCUUUACGGGAAUGCUUACAUUUUUAUAAUGUUUGUCUUCGUUCAAUAAUGAAAUCAUUGGGCUUAGUUGAAUUUGGCAGAAGUUGUUAUGACAAAAACAAAAGGAUACUAAUUCCCGAAUUCCAACUUGAAGUUUGGCCAGGAUAUAUAACCUCAAUUGAUGAGUUUGAAAACGGUCUUUAUAUGUGUUGCGAAGUUUCACAUCGAGUUUUGCGUGUUCAUACUGUUCUCCAAAUAAUGACGGAUAUUGGGAUAGCUGCUAAAAAUAAUGGUAAAGAUACUAAACAAGAAAUAAUGGCUGUAUUAUGUGGUACUACAGUGAUAACGCAUUACAAUCAUAAGACAUACAGAAUUGACGAUAUUGACUUUUCAGUGUCACCUUUAUCCACAUUUAAUCAAAAUGGAAAUGAAAUAUCAUAUGUAGAUUAUUACAAAAAAAUGUACGCUAUUGAAAUAAAAAAUUUAAAUCAGCCAUUGCUUAUAACAAAAGCAAAAAAAAAGGAUAUUUGUAGUAAAAAUGCACCUAAGGAUUCUGAUAUUUGUUGCUUAGUUCCUGAACUUUGUAAUUUAACUGGACUGACAGAAUCGAUGAAAUCUGAUUUUAAGUUGAUGAAGGCUCUUCAAACUCAUACUUUGAUUUCGCCUGAAUUGAGACAACAAGCAAUUAUUGAUUUUGUUAAUCGUAUAAAUGAAAACGAAUGUGCCAGAAAAAAAUUCUUAGAUUGGGGUGUUUUGAUGCGUCCAAACCCUGUAAUAUUGGAAGGUCCUGUAUAUAAACGAGAAACUAUAUUAUUAGGGAACAGUAUCAGAAAACAAGUUGGACCAAAUAUGGAUUGGGGAAUAGACAUGGCCAAAAAUGCCAUGUUUGUUGCAGUUAAUUUAACAAACUGGGCUAUUUUGUUUAACCCAAGAGAUGAACCAACUGCAAAAUCAUUUUGCAAACAGUUAGCAUUAUCUGGACGUCCUUUGGGUAUGGAAAUUAAUGCACCCAGACCUAUUCAAAUUCAUGGAACUAAUCCAGAAGUUUUUGUUAGCACGAUUAAUAAUACAAUAAGAAACAGCUGUGAUUUACAGUUGGUAGUUAUAAUCUUUCCUAAUCAACGGGAAGAUAGGUAUAAUGCUGUGAAACGUAUUUGUUGUAGUGACAUGGGAAUACCAUCUCAAGUCAUAGUUUCUAGAACAUUAUCUAGACCUGAUAGAUUACAGUCUAUUACCCAGAAAAUUGCUUUACAAAUAAAUUGUAAAUUGGGAGGAGCAUGUUGGGCUAUAGAUAUUCCAUUAAAAAAUACUAUGAUUGUUGGAAUAGAUGUUUAUCAUGAAAAAAGCAAACAGAUGAGUAGUGUUGUUGGAUUUGUUGCGUCAAUGGAUCGAACAUUUACUGAAUGGUAUUCAGUUGCAGGAAUGCAAAAGAGUACUCAUCAAGAACUCAUGAAGUGUAUUCAAGAAGCUUUCCAUAAAGUUGUGAUUCAAUUUAAAAAAAAAAAUGGAGUUCUCCCAGAAAAGAUUAUUAUAUAUAGAGAUGGUGUAUCAGAUGGAGACUUAAAACAUGUUGAAGAAGUUGAAUUGCACGAUUUACAAGAAUCUUUUAAAACUUAUCCUGAAUUCUACAAUCCGAUGGUUACAUGUAUAAUUGUUCAAAAGCGCAUUAAUACAAGAGUUUUUCAGUACAUAGAUAAAAAAUAUUCAAACCCGAGCCCUGGAACUGUGAUUGACAAUACAGUAACCAGAAGAAAUUUCUUCGAUUUUUAUUUGGUUUCUCAACAUGUGCGUCAGGGAACUGUUAAUCCCACUCAUUACAUAGUUUUAAAAAAUGGAUGUAAUUUGAAACCGGAAAAUAUUCAAAGGCUAUCAUACAAGUUAUGUCAUAUGUACUACAAUUGGACUGGCACAAUUAAAGUCCCUGCUCCUGUCCAAUAUGCACAUAAACUGGCAUAUCUAAUUGGACAAAAUGUAAGACAACAGCCUAACGAAAAAUUGAACAAUACACUUUUUUUCUUAUAAAAUUAUACAUGUGCUUAAAAUUGGCCCAGAAAGCUUUUUUUUUCAUCCAGUCUAUUAGUUUCCACUACAUAGAAAUAAUUAAAUCUAUUGAAUU